CCGAGCGAGAUGAGCAUGAUUUAAUUUCGAACAGAGAGCGAGGUGAGAACACUGAUAAGCCUGAGGCCAAGAUGCCAAACAUUAAUGAGGAACAGAACACUCAGGAAUUUGAGACUGAGCAAGUAGGUGAUGACAAAGAUAUACACGAACAGCACAAACAAGACAUUUAUGCAGAAAG